UCGAGGUGUUAGUCAGUGCCUACCCCUGCUAGGGACAACAACAACCUAAGUGUUGGGUCGAUAUCAAGUCAUUCUUUCCCUCACUCAUUACCUUACACUACAUUUCUUGAGGUCAGGUUGAAUUGCUACACACAAGAUGCCCGUUGUUAGUCCAGAAAAGCUGGCAAAACUCCAGCAAAAUGCUGAUGACGUGCGGAAUAUAUGCAUUCUGGCCCAUGUGGACCACGGCAAAACAUCACUUACAGAUGCCCUUCUCGCCACAAAUGGCAUCAUCUCGCCGAAGCUGGCCGGCAAGAUCCGUUAUCUGGAUUCUCGACCGGAUGAGCAGCUGAGGGGAAUCACUAUGGAGUCGUCAGCCAUCUCGCUCUACUUCUCGAUGUUGCGGAGGGCGAGUCCUGAGGCUGCCCCUGAACCAAAAGAGUACCUCAUCAACCUCAUAGAUUCCCCCGGUCAUAUCGACUUUAGCAGCGAGGUGUCCACGGCGUCGCGUCUCUGUGACGGAGCCGUAGUCUUGGUCGAUGCAGUGGAGGGUGUGUGCAGCCAGACGGUCACGGUCCUGAGGCAAACGUGGAUUGAGAAGCUGAAGCCUCUCCUCGUCAUCAACAAGAUAGACCGUCUGAUCACAGAGCUGAAGAUGACUCCUGGAGAGGCAUAUAUCCACUUAAGCAAGCUUUUAGAGCAGGUCAAUGCGGUUCUAGGGAGCUUCUUCCAGGGCGAGCGGAUGGAGGAAGACCUCAACUGGCGGCAGAGGAUGGAGGAGCGAGUCGCUGCCUCAGCAGCCAAGGAAGCCAAGGAGGCCAGGCUGGCGGAGCAACAGGUCGACGCUGGUGAGCUCCAGUUUCAGGAAAGAGAUGACGAGGAACUGUACUUUGCUCCCGAAAAGAACAACGUCAUUUUUGGCAGCGCCAUCGAUGGCUGGGCUUUUACCGUAAGGCAGUUUGCCGGCCUCUACGAGAAGAAACUUGGCAUCAAACGAAGUAUACUGGAAAAGGUUCUCUGGGGGAACUUCUAUCUGGACCCCAAGACGAAGAAGGUCCUGGGCCCCAAGCAUCUGAAGGGGCGGCCCCUGAAACCCAUCUUUGUCCAGCUGGUGCUCGAGCAAAUAUGGGCCGUCUAUCAGGCAACCGUGGGUGGAGACAACGGGAAGGGGGAUGCCGCUCUUCUCGAGAAGAUAACCAAAUCCCUUAAUCUCUCAAUCCCCCCCCAUAUCCUCCGUUCCCGGGACCCAAGGCUCCUUCUUACCACCGUGUUUUCUUCUUGGUUGCCGCUGUCGGUGGCCUUGCUAGUUUCCGUGGUUGAAUCGCUUCCUUCACCGAGAUCGGCGCAAGCUGAGCGCUUCCCUUCCCUGUUGCAAGAGGUCCCGGGGGCAGAGCACAUCGACCCUCGAGUCAAGGAGGCCAUGGUGUCGUUCAAAAAGGCGCCGUCAGACCCUAUGGUAGCCUACGUCAGCAAAAUGGUAUCGGUUAAGGAGAGCGAACUGCCAGAAAACAGGCGUCGAGGUCCUAUGAGCGGCGAGGAGGCGCGAGAAUUGGCAAGACAGAAGCGAGCCGAGGCAGCCCGGGCCCAAGGGAACAUGGGUGGCGGAAACGACAUGGAUGCCCUCACAACAGCGUUCUCAGAGGCCACGUUGGAGCACGAAGUGCCAGAGGGCGACGAGAAGCAAGUCGAGCCCGAGCACCUCAUCGGGUUUGCUCGCAUCUAUUCCGGGACGCUGUCUGUCGGGGACGAGAUUUACGUCUUACCGCCCAAAUUCUCCCCAGCCCAACCUUUCGCUGAGCCUGUACCGAACAAGGUAAAAGUUACGGCGCUCUACAUGCUCAUGGGCCGCAACCUUGAGGCCCUUAAGUCGGUUCCUGCUGGUGUCGUCUUUGGCAUCCGGGGCCUUGAAGGCAGCGGGAUCCUGAAAUCCGGAACCCUGUGCAGCCAGCUCGAAGGAUCCGUCAACCUGGCUGGCAUCGCGAACCUCCAAGGUAGACCCAUUGUGCGUGUGGCGUUGGAACCUGUCAACCCGUACGACCUCGACAAAAUGAUUAAGGGUCUUCAGCUGCUUGUGCAGAGCGACCCUUGCGCCGAGUAUGAGCAAUUCUCCAGUGGCGAGCACGUCUUGUUGACCGCCGGAGAACUGCAUCUUGAGAGGUGCUUGACAGAUCUCCGGGAACGGUUCGCCGGCUGCGAGGUCCAGGCUGGCGCGCCCAUCGUGCCCUACCGGGAAACCAUCGUCCGCGCCGAAGAGAUGCGCCCACCCGUUAACAAAGACUUGGGUCGAGGUGUGGUGGUUGGUGUGACGAGCUCCAAGCAGGUGUCGGUUACUCUGCGGGUGAGGCCCCUCCCCUCCGACGUCACCACCUUUCUCGUCAAGAAUGCAGGAAGCAUCAAGCGGCUAUACUCUGAUCGCAGAGCGGCCGAGGAACCGCGCGAUAAUUCAUCCCCGGAGCGAGCAGCAGAGCAUGUCACCAUCCAGGACGAAGCUGCCGAGGGUGACGACGAACUCUCAAGGGCCCGAAAAGUCCUCCCGUCCGAAGAACUCGGCAGAAAGCUCCAAUCCCAGUUCGACGGCGAGAAAGGGCGUCUCGACACAUGGAAAGGGGUCGUCGACCGGAUCGUCUCGUUCGGUCCCCGCCGGACAGGCCCGAACCUUCUCAUCGACGCCACCAAGGAGCAGCUCUUUCCCAAGGCCUUCGGCUCCGAUAGCAUUCACAAGAAGAGUACCGAUAACCGGACUUUGGCUCAACAAGAGUCCCUCAGCCCGCACCAUUUCAGCGACAAGAUCACGUACGGGUUCCAGCUUGCCACACAGCACGGUCCGCUCUGCCACGAGCCGGUGCAGGGUAUCGCCGUGUUCAUUGAGGACAUCUCGACGACAGACGAAGGGGGCGACGAAUCUACCGAGGCGCGGGAUCGUCUGGGCCGUCUGACGGGCGAGGUGAUCAAAACGGUCCAGCAGUCGAUUCACAAGGCCUUCUUGGACUGGUCGCCGAGGCUCAUGCUGGCCAUGUACUCGUGCGAGAUCCAAGCAUCCACCGAAGUCCUCGGCCGCGUGUACGACGUACUCACCCGGCGGCGCGGGCGGGUCCAGGCCGAGGCGAUGAACGAGGGCACGCCCUUUUUCACGAUCCAGGCCCUCUUGCCCGUGGCCGAGUCGUUUGGCUUUGCCGACGAGAUGCGCAAGCGGACCUCGGGCGCCGCGCAGCCGCAGCUCAUCUUCGCCGGCUUCGAGGUCCUCGACGAGGACCCCUUCUGGGUGCCUUUUACCGAGGACGACCUCGAGGACCUGGGCGAGUACGGCGACCGCGAGAACGUGGCCAAGCGCUACAUGGACUCGGUGCGGCGCCGCAAGGGCUUGCUGGUCGAGGGCCGCAACGUGGCGACCGACGCGCAGAAGCAAAAGACUUUGAAGCGGUAG